AUGAAAGCCGUUGUUUACACUGGUGAAAGUAAGAUCUCAGUCGAAGAUCGUCCAAAGCCAGUGAUUCUAGAUCCCACCGACGCCAUUAUCAGGGUUCUUCAUACCACUAUAUGUGGAACAGAUUUGCAUAUCUUACAAGGCCAUGUCUCAACAUGUACUCCAGGCCGCAUUCUGGGCCAUGAAGGAGUUGGAAUUAUUGACUCUCUUGGUACCGAUGUCACGAACUUCACUGUCGGCCAAAUAGUAGUCAUUUCUUGCAUCACAAGCUGCGGUGCCUGCUAUUAUUGUCGGAGGAAGAUGCCAUCUCAAUGUGAAACAGGUGGUUGGAUCCUCGGAAAUAAGAUUGACGGGACCCAGGCCGAGUAUGUACGCAUCCCUCAUUCCCCAUUAUCUCUUCAUGUGCUGCCAGAGAGCAUCGACCAGAAAGUUGCGGUGACUCUUUCUGAUACCGUUCCAACUUCAUACGAAUGUGGGAUCCUGAACGGCGACAUCCAGCCCGGGUCUACUGUGGCUAUUAUAGGGACGGGUCCUAUCGGUUUGACCAUUCUCCAGAUGGCGAGGAAGCUGUUCAGUCCUUCAAUGACGGCCGUCGUUGGAAGGGGUCAUCCUAGACUCGAGACCGCCACAUCCAUGGGUGCCGAUCAUACAUUCAGUGUCCUUGAUGGUCAAGAUGCUGCGAUUUCAUCUGCUCUAUCGGUUACUCAGGAACGGGGAUUUGAUGUAGUGAUUGAGGCAGUGGGAACGCCGCAGUCUUUUGAGAUUGCGCAGGCGCUGGUAGGUGCUGGUGGAACCAUAGCCAGCCUGGGUGUCUUCGGCGAGUCAUGCGAGUUGCACCUAGAGAAACUCUGGAAUCGUAAUAUUUGUUUGAGGACCAGACUCAUCGAUGCCGUUAGCACUCCAGAUAUACUAAACAUGGUAAAGACUGGUAGCAUCGACCCUCAUUUCUUGAUCUCACACAAUUUCUCAUUCGAUGACAUUCAUAAUGCUUAUGAAGCAUUUGGGGAACCAUCCAAGCAUGGCGCCCUGAAGGUGGCAGUGACGAUGCCUGAGAUUGUGAUGAACGGCUCUUCAUAG